AUGUACCUCAAACUUGGCCGGGUCCCCGCCGCCCGCGCCGUGUUUGACGCAAUGGCAUGUCGAAACGUGAUGUCCUUCAACAUCCUCAUCGGCGGCCUCAUCCACAACGGGGACAUCAACGCUGCCCGCAAGCUGUUCGAUGAAAUGCCAGAGAGGAACCUCGCCACCUGGAACGCCAUGAUUGCCGGGCUGGCUCACUUCGAGCUCGACGAGGAGGGACUCGAGUGCUUCCUGAGGUCGAGGAGGGAGGGCCUGCGUCCCGAUGAGUUUGGUUCUGGUCGCCAAAUCCAUGCCUUCGUGGUUAUCAAUGGGUUUGAGCAGGACAUGUGUGUUGGGAGCUCUCUAGCUCACAUGUACAUGAGAAGUGGUCAUCUUGAAGAAGGAGAAAGGGUUCUGAGAGGAUUGCCUUUCCUCAAUGUGGUCUCUUGCCAUACUGUGAUUGCAGGAAGAGCACAAAAUGGGGACCCUGAAGGGGCCUUCCACCAUUUCAUCCUCAUGAAGAAUGUCGGAUUGUUGCCAGACCAUAUUUCUUUAAUGGAGAAUUGCUAUUUUUAUGCCUCUGAAUCCAGGAAAUUAGAAGAACAGCAGCAACAGGAAGGUCCUGACUUCUCCCAUUACAAUUAG